AUGGUCAAAACCAUAUUGGUCACUGGAUCGACGGGCUGGCUCGGCGGCAAACUGUGCGAGGCCCUCGUCAAACGCGGCGAGAAAGUCGUCGGCCUGGCGCGCCGCAAGACUGAGGUCGCCGGCGUAACAAGCCUCACCGCGGACCUCGCGACGGGCGCCGGGCUCGAAAAAUUGAAUGAUUUUGACGUCUGCGAGAUCGACUGCUGCGUGCACCUCGCGGCGGUGGCCGGCUGGGGCGAGCUCGGUGACUGCCUCGAGGUAAACGUCCAAGGCACGCGGCGCCUCCUCGACGCACUCGCGCCGCCCGGCGGUGACCCAGCCUGCAAGCGCUUCGUCGUAGCGAGCUCUAUAUCUACCGUUGGCACCGGCAGAGGCUUCCCGCCACAACACCUGCCCAUGGCUGACACCCAUCCGUACGUCGGCUACCCGUGGGCGUAUGCGCUCUCGAAGUGGCAAAUGGAGCAAUUGGUCCGCUUCAUCGCUACCCGCUACGAACGCGAGGAUCCGGAGGAGCCUCUCGACGUCACUAUGCUCCGCAUCGGCUGCUGCCUCACGGACCCGGGCGACGGCCCGCCACGCCACCUCGAGACCGGCAUCGGCAAGGAGAUCCCGAUCGCGCCGGCCGACGGGACGAACUCGCCGGAGGGCUACAGCCCCGAGAGUGCGAUCUCGGCGAUCGCGAUUUCGGACAUGGUCGAGUGCCUCUGCCUCGCCGCGCUCAAGGAGGAAUUCAAGCCCGGCGUGCGCCAGAUGAACGUCACGGCGGAGCACGCCUUCGUCGCCGACGGCUGCACCGUGCCCCAGGUCAUGCGGGCCACCUACGGCGCCGACGCGGUGGCGCACAUCGACUUCUCCCAUUACGAACAACCGGGCCACGAGCGCGACUCGCUCUACGACAACUCCCUCGUGCGCGAGGAGCUCGGCUUCGUGCCGAAGGUGAACAUUCUGACCGCCUACCAGGCUUAA